AUGCCUGUACCAGUGAAGUUGUCACGAGAUAUUGGCAUACGCUUUCCAACGUUGCCAGGUUUCUCGUCGAAUGCUGUUCGUCGAGACGCAAACCUCACUGUCGGUAGUGCUCAAUCUGUGAUGGCAACAAGUGGAUCAUCCAGCUGUUCGCCGACAACAGCAACUACCGUAGGCAUUUGA